AUGGAGACCUUUUCCAGGACCCAUCGGGGUAAUGGUACUUUGUAUACCUCGGCGCGAAGAAGAAGAAUAGCCACUUCAUCAUGGGAGUCCUUCUUAACGACUGUUUCAUGGCCGGAAGGCGAGCACCCCGUUAUUAGCACUGUUCGAAUACACGUGUCACUCUCUAUCAAGAAACAUGCAUCUGCAGAAUGGCCUGCCAGAAGGAACCUCGACCUUCCUGACGUCGCCUAUGUCCACAUCCGCGAUCCUGUCGAAGCAAACUACGGGCUUCAAAGGAAGAGCACCGAGUUGACAUCUAGCAAAGCGGACUUGUCGGACGCUAUCAAGCCGGUAACGUUUGUCGGAAAGCAUCAGAGACUCCUAGAUGGCUUGGCUUCGCACCGUUAUGUCCGCAUUGUCCUAGAUGUGGGCGCCAACGAGGUGGUCCUACAGAUUAUCAACAAGGCCAGGUGCACCGAGCGAAGAACGUCUCAGAGCGUGGGUUCGGUAGAUAAGGGCGCCAAGAUUACCUUUGAUAUGAAUUAUACCGAGUUAGACUUUGUUUUCUGGUUUUCUGUUGAUCACAAUACAACCACGAGAAAUGGUUUGGGAAAGAUUGACAGUUUAGACAUGACUGGGCAUAAUUUAGUAGGACCCCUCAUUGGUGUCUAUGCCGUGAGUGAAAAGGAGGUCUAG